AUGACGCUCCCCAGGGAGAUGCUAAACCGACUCCGCAUUAAGGCCUCCUCUCACGGCGGUGGCGAAGAAGGCUUCUACGACGUGAUCAAGUCCGGCGUUCAGAAGACUGGACCUGCUGUUCUGUACAUUGCAAAGAAGGCUGUGCACGCCGUCAUUCUUGUCAUUGUCGUUGAGCUCUCCGAGAGAUUCAAGGGUGCAGUCGGCGCGGAGAGCAGCGCAACUCCUUACAAUUUAGGCGAUAACCACAACAAGAUGGGCCGUUUCAACGCUGUUCCGCCUAAGCAAGCUAUCGGCAAAACAUCUGAUCACGGCCAUAAGGCGGUGGAGACGAUGAUCCCACCAACGGCCAUGGGUUAG